AUGUUCCUCCUGCUGACGGCAUUUCACAUCUUGGCUGUGGCCACGGCACAAAGCCAAGGCAACGAGAACAAGAUCAUCGGCGGCUACACGUGCAUCCAGAAUUCUCAGCCGUGGCAGGCAGCGCUGCUGGCAGGACCUGGGCAGAGCUUCCUCUGUGGGGGCGCCCUGCUGUCCGCCCAGUGGGUCAUCACGGCCGCUCACUGUGCCCGCCCGAUCCUGCGUGUGGCUCUAGGCAAGCACAACCUGAGGAAGUGGGAGGCCACCCAGCAGGUGCUGCGUGUGGUCCGGCAGGUGCCACACCCCAGCUACAGCUCCCGCACACACGACCAUGAUGUGAUGCUGCUGCAGCUGGAGCAGCCAGCCCGCCUCGGGAGGGCAGUGAGGCCCAUUGCCUUGGCCCAGUCCUGCGCCAGCCCAGGGACCUCCUGCCGUGUGUCGGGCUGGGGGACCACAUCCAGCCCCAUUGUCAGGUACCCCAGCUCUCUGCAGUGUGUGAACGUUAACAUUUCGUCGGAUCAGGAGUGCCGGAAGGCCUAUUCUGGAGCCAUCACAGCAGGCAUGGUGUGUGCAGGGAUCCCCCAGGGCGGGAAGGACUCGUGUCAGGGUGACUCCGGGGGACCCCUGGUGUGUGAGGGUCGGCUCCAGGGCGUGGUGUCCUGGGGGAUGGAGCGCUGUGCCCUCCCUGGCUACCCCGGGGUCUACGCCAACCUGUGCCGAUACCAGAACUGGAUUCAGAAAACCAUGCAGGGCAAGUGA